CUGUUUAAUUAAGUAAAAGAAAAGUAGUAAAUACAAAGUUUAUGGGCUCUGUAAAUUAGAUAUAUUUAUAUAUUAGCAUGCAUAAGUAUUACAGUAAUGAUGUGAUAGCAACGAUAAAGUAAAUGCCGGUAAGCCCAUUAACAUUCCUGAAGAGUAGCCGGCACGGAGAGAAUAACUACAUAUGUACAUACAUACAAACGUGCCACAUACAAAAUCCAGAAUACAAAGCCUCAAUUGCAACACGCAAAUAUUUCAAACAUCAGUUUUUAUCCAAACAAGAAUGUCACGAUCACUACAGCAAUAUCGUUAUUGUUUUAUCGCUGGCGCCUUUGCUGCUGGCGGCAGCUUCUUUGGUCGUGCACCAAGUCAAAUUUCGGAAGUACCUUUAUUAGCGAAGCUGCUUUCAACGGAUGCAAUUUACUAUUUCGAGUCGAUUCUGCUGCGCCUACUACCCAUUGCAUUGAUGGUGAUUUGUAAUUUGUUGAAUUGGCGUUACUUUCUCAAAGCGCUACAAUGCACCGAACAAACAUUGACCGCAACUGUGCUGACAGCUGCUGCCAAUUAUAUGCUAUCGUUUAUAUUAGGUGCACUUGUGUAUCGAGAAGUAUUUACACUGCUAUCAACUGUGGGUGCAGCAUUGAUAAUUGCGGGCCUUUGGUUUCUCUGUAAGGCACAAGAAGAGCAAAAAGCAAGCGAAAAACUUAAGAAGCAUACGUGAAGAAUAAAAGAAGUUGGUAGGCUAUUAAGUAUUUAAUUGUACAAAAAAUUAAUAUGAUAUAAAAUAUGCGGAAAUAUAUUAUAUUAAACUAGAG